AUGGAAUGCGCUCAGCCCAGAAACAGGUUUUUGGAGAGGCUACAGAGGGGCGAGUCCAUCGUGUGCGCCGAAGGCUACGUGUUUGAGCUCGAGCGCCGCGGCUACCUCCAGGCAGGGCCCUUCGUGCCCCUCUGCGUUCUCGAGCACCCUCAGGUCGUCAGGCAGCUCCACCUCGACUUCCUGAGACUGGUGGGCAAGGAGGACGCCCUCGAGCAGCUCAACCUGGCCGCUCUGCGCAUCGCCAAGGAGGUGGCCGACGAGACCGGCACCCUGUUCGCGGGCAACAUCUGCAACUCCAAUCUGUGGGAGGGGAAGGACCAGAGCGCGGAGGUCACGGAGAGCGUACGUGAGAUGUUCGUGGAGCAGGUCAAGUGGGCCAAGCAGGCCGGCGUGGACUUUGUCAUCGCCGAAACCUUUGGCUUCCUGGGCGAGGCCCUGCUGGCCAACGAGGUCAUCAAGGAGGAGUUCGACCUGCCCUCGGUGGUGACCAUCGUCAUCCACCAGGACGGCAAGACCCGCGACGGCUACUCGGCCGUCGAGGCGCUGCUCGCGCUCGAGAAAGCGGGAGCGGACGUGGUGGGCUUCAACUGCUACCGCGGGCCUGCGACGAUGCUGCCGCUGAUCGAGAGCGUGGCCAAGGUGAUCAAGACCCCGCUGGCCGCGCUGCCCGUACCCUAUCGCACCACCGAGCAGGAGCCCACCUUCUUCUGCCUCAAGGACGACCAGCUGCCCAAGGGAACGGUGAACGGGCGCCCGUUCCGGUGGCGCUCGACGGCAAGCUGUGCACGCGCUUCGAGAUCGCCGAGUUCACCGAGCGUGCAAGGAGCUGGGCGACCGCACCACAUCAGGAGCAUGGCCGAGGCCCUCGGCAGGCAGCCGCCCGCCAGCCGCUUCUCGCCGGACAUCUCCAAGCACUUUGCCUUCGGGACCAACGCGAUCCUCAAACCCGUCAAUCUCGACCACAAGGACAAGCUGUAA